AAAAAAGUGAGAGUCAUUUUUGCAAGCCCCUCUGAUUAUAUAUGAUUCCUUGAUGCGCGUGACAUCGGCCAUCAUCGGCCUGGCACUAUCUCACCACGACUCCGCGAGCUUGCGCAGAGUGAAAGUUUCAAGUUCUUUGACGAUUGAACGGACGUUGCGGCUGUGCGUUUGCUAUAAGGGCGCCUCGCACCGUGAGUGGUGCGAGUCGACAUGAGCCUGCGUUCCCUGACUUGUUUUCGGCCACACCAACAAACCACUUGCCGUGUUUUCAGGUGUUGCCUUAGCUGCCGCACAAUGUGUCAAUUUUCCAACACAGAUUCAACAUGUCCCCAAUCUUUGGCCUCACUCGUCAUUUGCAGGACACAUUGCAUAUUGAACAGGUAGGCAUUUUGGUUAGUCGAGGCUCACCUAUACGGCGACUUGGGGUUCCUAUUUCAAUCCACACGCAGAGAAUGAGAGCGUCGCUGGCUGGCAGAGAGGCUUGGAGCACAAUCCAUUGGUUGGAAUGAGGGCCUUGACCUUCAUCCAGUCAAACUCAACUCGAGGAGUUUUGGCAUUUCGCGGCACUGACCUCAACACCUCCCAGUCCAGUGGCCAAGCAGACACCUGUGCGGAUGCGUUUCUGCAGCUGGAUCUAAAACAUUCUCUGCCACCAUGGUGCAAUCAAUUCACUCUCCAUCAGUUGGACUACUUAUCACGAGCCCUGGAGUUUGCUGAGCGGAUUGUUGGGGCCUAUCCGUCCAUCCAUUGGCUCUACACUGGCCAUUCCUUGGGCGCAGCAUUGGCACAGCUGGUUGCCGCACAGCGUGGCGCCUCUGCCGCGACCUUCAGCGCACCAGCGCUGAAACCGCUUUUGCCACGCUUGCAGAAUCCGACGCUGCGCACGUGGGGUGCGGUGACCUUCUACGACCAAUAUGACCCCUUGCGCUUCACAGCACUCAACGAGCUUUGGAAUGCAAACUGCACUUGGCAUCGCUCCUCAGCACCCACUGGCUGCCAUGAGUGUGAGGAGCGCAUCAUUGACAUGCACUCGGAUGUAUGUGAAGAGUGCUUCAUGAAGGCUCACAUUUUCAAGAACUAUCUCGAGCUGGUUUUGUCUGGGAAGCGCCCAGACUGCCAUCAGAGGCAUGUGCAUGAUCCAUUCCUAGUGUGAGCAUUUGCGCCCACUUUAACACUGAAAGAAUGAAAGCUACAUGCACCCGUUCGAGGUCUGUCUCAAUAGAGCACCUCCAGUAGAACAUGUUGCAGCGAGGGCCAUUCAGCGCCUUUGCAACUUUGAACUUUGGCAGGGCAAAA